ACAAUCGGUAAGAAAGAGAUAAAGUCAACGAGUUGACUAAAAUGAAAACUUCUCCGAUAGCAAUCUCCCUUCUCUUCGCCCUCCUAUCGCCGGUUCUUCUACCUUGCUCCGGCGAUUUCACCGGCGGCGUCGAGUUAGAAUCUCCUCCGACCGUAUGUAUCGUCGGGAGUGGAAUCGGAGGCUCAUCCGUAGCUCACUUCCUCCGUAACUACUCUGUUUCCACCGGCUUAAAUCGAGCCAAGAUUCUGAUGUUUGAGCGUCACGAGAUAGUCGGUGGGCGCAUGAGGACAGUUACUGUAUCCGGUGAUACCUUCGAGGCCGGUGGUUCGAUUCUGCACCCGAAGAACUAUCACGUUAAGGAUUUCGUCGAGAGGUUCAAUUUGACGGUUCGAUUGCCGACGCCGAUUGAAGAAUCCUCAGCGAUUGGAAUCUGGGAUGGGAAGAGAUUUGUCGUCAAGACAUUCGGUUCCGGUACCAAGUUUCCGUUUUUGGAUACGAUCGUCUCUUGGGUGAAUGAUCUCUACUUGUUCUUGCGUUACGGGUUCUCACUGUUAAGAAUGAGCAGCUUCAUUGAGAAUACAGUUGAUAAUUUCUUGAAGUACUAUGAAAGCCUAGAAUCAAGACCUAUCUUCGACAAUGUUGAAGGGAUGCUUAAAUGGUCAGGCUUGUACAAUCUCACAAAGCUCACUCUACAGGAUAAAUUGUCUGAAGCUCAGCUUUCUCCUUUAUUAGUCAACGAGCUAGUUACCGUUAUUACAAGGAUAAACUAUGGACAGAGUGUACUCAUCAGUGGGCUAGCAGGUGCAGUUUCUUUAGCUGGUUCAGGUGGAGGAUUAUGGUCUGUUGAAGGUGGAAACUGGCAGAUGGCUGCAAAGCUGAUUAAUCAUUCAGAUGUUAUGUUACACCUGAACGAGAAAAUUGAAUCCAUUUCACAUCUCGAUAUGACAUACAAGAUUUUUACGCGACAACCUGCAUCAGAUUCGUUGCUUGAUGAGCUCUUCAGUAAGAGAAUCGAAACCGUUCGAAUAGACUGGGCGAGCACAAUGGAGACAAGUGCAGUGGCUGGUGAGAACAUUGCGAGACUCAUAAUUUCCAGAUUCAUGACAAAGGAAUCAUCAUCUUCCUCGGACAAAAGAAGCUGUAGUUCUGAAGACGCGUCUUCUUCUUUGGUAGAAAUCAGAAGCGAAGAAGAGAUCAAAUCAAUCCGAUCGGAGAUGGGUUGCUUCAGUUGCUUCGACGGAACCCAAAAGGAACAGCGUAAGGAAGAAGAGAGACAAGCCUCCGCCGAAGCUCGCGCCAGAGCCGCCGAAGCUGCGCAGCGACGGAAAGAGCAGUUUGAUAAGUCUGCAGCUGGAAGAGCUGCACAAGCUCAAUUACAACAAAUGGCUAAACAAUCUGCAAAUACUAACAAAGGAGAGCCUGUUCUUAAGUGGCAAAUGACGUAGUGAUGAGACCGGGUUUUGAAGGAAUCGAAUUGUGAGAUUGGUUCAUUGUAAAUUGUGUGCUUUCUCAAUGUUUGCAAGACCUUUUAAUAAGAAUGGAAUGCUUAU